AUGCACUACAAUUACAAUACAAGCGGAAUGAUGCAACCUCAAAUGCAUAUGGUGCAGAAUAAUCAGCAAUUUAAUGGAAUGCAUCCUCAAAUGGGUGGAGGAGUUGGUUUUCAACAGUUCUAUCAUGAAAAUGGCAUUGUAAAUAACAACAGAAGCUAUGCUGAUAAUCUGGGCUAUCAACAAGGGAACUUCCAAGUUCAACAGCAUAUGCCUCAAUAUUCAAUGAUACAAUCUAAACAACAGCAACAUCACCAGCAAAUGGGAGAGAGGAAUGUGGGAAGAGCAAGAGCUCAAACAAGAGGCCCAUUUUCAAGAACAGUUGCAAGUAGGUCUACUACUCCUACACCAAUGAACAGAACAAGAAAUUCAAAAUCAAAAGAGUUCUUUCCAAAUGAAGAAAUUGGAAUGCUAUGUAGAUCAUCCGAAUAUUCAGAACUAAAUAGAAAUCCAUCAUUAUCUCAAAUUGAAAACAAUAACUUCAAUUGCGAAUACAGCAAUUAUAAUGGCUACCAAGAUUUUCCUCAGACCCCAACUGUUGAAGGAAGGUCAGAGCAAAUUUCUAAGCUAAAUAUUAUGAAUCCAGAUCAAAUAAUGGUCCAAAAAAUGAAUGCUCCUUUGGAACCAACUCCCACUCAUGUCGCAAGAAUGAAUAAAAUGAAACUGAUGGGAUUAUUAAACAAUAACAAUACUUUUAUGCCUCAAAUGACUCCAACUUCCUCAGGAAAGAAUCAUUUUGGAAUGAGAGAUAACCAUUUAAUUUCACGACAAUCAUCUUUUCCACCUCAUUAUCAAGAAAAAUAUCCACCAAAGUCUACAAGUAAUUCAAAUAAUACACCAGCUGCUUUUAAAGAUAGUUCACCAAAAGUACUUGGAUCAUACGUUUCAAGACAGUUGGAAGAGGAAGUAACAAGGUUGAGAUAUUUGGUAGAUACUCAGACAAAGAAGAUUUCAGCGUUAGAAAUGAGAAAUAAGGAACUUGAGAAUGAAUUAUUAUCAAACAGAAAUUAUCAACAGAUGUACCAAAACUUGUUAGAAAAAACUAAUUUGAGUAAUCAGAAUGAGGAUGAAAAUAAAACUGAAGACAAUGAGGAGCAAGUAAUUAAUGAGAGUUUUGAUGAGAGAGAUCAUACUGAACCAGAAUGUAAUGUUCAAAAGCAAAAAGCUGCAGCAAAUGAAGUGAAGUAUUUAAGGCAGUCUACUGAAAAAGGAGCUUCACUGUUUUCAAAUAUCCAUCAAUUUUCGGCAGAAUCAGCGCUAAGAAAGGCAGGAGUACCUCCCGGUAAACCUUCAUAUGUUUAUAGGCCACCAGGAAAUGCUGAAAUGAUUGACAUUAAGCUUGCAGAAUUCCAUAACUCACGAAGCUCACUUAUUAGAUGGUCAAAAGUAAGUAACACAAUAUAUCUAUUUGGUACAACUCAAGUUCAAUUAAGAAUUUCAAGAGGAAAUCUUCUUGCAAAGCCAGAAUCUUCUGAAUGGGGAAAUGGGAGUUUUUGGCCAAUCGAAAAGUUUGUUUCUGUUUUUGAACCAAUUGAGAGAGCAAAAAUGCCAAACAAUUGA